AGCUUCGCUCAAACGUACAGCAAAAGUGCGACAUUGCGGUCAUACUGUUGGGAGGUUCCGUUUUCAGCAUCGCAGUCUAUCAUACGCCCCAGUGUUCUUCUUCGGUUCGGUGUUUUUUACAGCAAUGGUUGGCACUCGGCACAGGUGUCACCGUAAUUAGUUCACGCGUUUCCUUGGGCAGCUAACGCCGCGAAGAAAAGUGUCGUUUUGCGUAUCGGUUUAGAAAGUACCGUGGGACAACUCCUUCGCCAGCGAGUGUGUGUGGGCGCGCGCGCGUUCGUGUGUGUCCGGAAGACACAGAACCUUCGAAAGGGAUUUUAAGCAAAUUGUGUAAUCUACCGUGCAGCUGGUGACGUGUUUGGGUGUGAGUGGUUUUGUUCCGUCUGAAUCCUGAAACCCCCGUAAAUCGGCAAAACGGUGGAGUCCGGUGGAAUCAUCAACAAGAUGGGCGACCACGGCCCAGCCAUGAACACGCUGGAGACUGAUUACGUUGUGCUCAUUUCAGUAGUGCCGGCGGUGUUAGGACUGACGGCGGCCGCCAUACUGGCCGUGACGGCAUGCUUCUGUGCCCGGCGCUUCCGGCGACAGAACAAGAAGGCGGGCCAUGAAGCAUCUUCGCUACCGUUCCAACCGCCGCGACCACCGAAAGCGGUCCGUUCGCCGAGCGGUCAACCUCCGCAGUAUCUGAAGAAAUCGCCAUCGCCGACCAGCAUUAAACCACUGCCGGGACAUUUGCCUGCUCAAUCGCCGACCGAGCAGACGACGGUUGCGGCAACGGCGGCCAGCACCACCACCACCACCAGCAUUGUACCGCCGACCAAGUACACCGAGGAGAACGAGCUGAUCCCGAAGAAUGCGCAGCUGGAACCGAAGUCACCGGACGUGUCGGACAUGGGUGAUCCGGUCAGCGAGAAUGGGGAUGGCAGCGAGCACGGCAAGCUGGGCGCCAUUGUGUUCAAGCUACGGUUCCUGGCCGAUCGGAGUGCGCUGGUGGUGUCGGUGGUCCGUUGCCGGGGACUGCCGGGCAAGAAUCAUGGUACGGCCGCUGCCGAACUGAGCGCGGGCGGUGCACUGUGCAACGGAAGCGCCAACGGAAAGCAAACGGCUACCGAUCCGUACGUCAAGCUGCAGCUGCUGCCCGACAAGCAGCAUAAGGUGAAAACUAGAGUGCUGCGUAACACUCGCAACCCGGUCUAUGACGAGGACUUUACCUUCUACGGAUUAACGCUGAGCGAGCUGGCCGGCAUGUCGUUGCACUUCGUGGUGCUGAGCUUCGAUCGCUACAGCCGGGACGAUGUGAUCGGUGAGGUUGUUUGCCCGCUCAGCGGCAUCGAUCUGCAGCAGAUCGAGAACCAGCAGGUGGCGCUGAGCCGCGAGAUCCAACCGCGCAGCCUGAAGAUCCGAGCGCAGGGACGUGGCGAGCUGCUGAUUUCGCUCUGCUGGCAACCGGCCGCCGCCCGGCUCACGGUGGUGCUGCUCAAGGCACGCAAUCUGCCCCGCAUGGAUGUGACCGGGUUGGCCGAUCCGUACGUCAAGAUUUACCUGCUGUACAAUGGGCAACGCAUCGCCAAGAAGAAGACACACGUGAAGAAGCGCACCCUGAGCCCGGUGUUCAACGAAAGCUUCGCGUUCGACAUUCCGACCACCGAGGGUGCAGGCGCUACGCUGGACGGUGUUUCGCUCGAGCUGAUGCUGCUGGACUGGGACCGGGUGACGAAGAACGAAGUGAUCGGGCGUCUGGAGUUGGGUGGGCCGCGCAGCAACGGGUCGGCCCUGAACCACUGGAAGGAGGUCUGCAACUCGCCGCGUCGUCAGAUCGCCGAUUGGCACAAGCUGCGAGAGUAGGUGGCGCAUCCGGCGCAUCCGGUUUGGUUUCGUUACGCUCUUCAACCGAUGAAGCAUGUUUCACCUUUUAUAGGUUAACCACCACCACCAAAUGACUAAAUGCCCCUUAUGAGCUGAACAGAAGCAAAAUAGACAAUUGUAGUAGCGUAGUACACAGAAUGUGUAACCAGCAUCAAGCAAAUCAAAACUCAUACAAAGCACCGUUUUUUUGUUCAAUCAAGAUCACGUCAAAUUAGGCAGUAACUGCGCCGAGCACAUCUUAUCCGCCGAAAUGGAUGUCAGUUCUGGGCAUCCAGCAGGACCGCCGAUAGUUUGUCAUGAAGCGUGAUGGGAAAUGUUUAGUAGCUCCUCGCUUUCGAUGGUCGAUAGCGUGUAGGGAGUGUGUGCUUACCGCAGAUAAUCCCUGCCUAUCGUACAUCGAACCCGUUUCCUGCACAUAGUUCCAAAACCCAAAACUCACUCUUCCUCUCCAUGAUCAGAUCUCACCAUUAGAAAGGAGCUUAAGACAACUAUUGGCAAAAAGAGUUCUAUAUGCAUAUAUACAAACAUCACAUAGAAAGGAUAUCUGUUCCGAUUGCUACGUACAGCAGAAGCAGCAGUCAUUGAGAUACACUCUUGCACAGGAUGGCACAGAGCGCCUCAAGCACCGACAACACUCGCUACUAGCGCCGAUGCUCACCUAACAUCACACUUGAUGUGUGCUUCUCCGUAGGCUUGGUUGGAAACGAAUCCCCAAUGAUUAUCCCAAAGACAGUGAGCACACUGGGAACAGUAGUAGCUUAAGGUGGGGUGAGUGGUCCCGUCCCGUGGCCAUCAUUGCUCAGAACCGCUAGCAACACACUUUGGUACACACCAUAUUUACUCUUAUACCAGUAGACGCGAAAGCAAAACUUGAAUAUUUAAAGCAAGCCCUAUAUAACUAGGCAACUAGGUGGUGGCUAUGGUCAAUAUGUAGGCGUAGUAGUACUGCUGUCCCUUCAGAUGCCUAGGUAUUAUGGAUACGAACGAUGCAGCUCUUUAUGAAAGAGCCGCAAGCAGAAGGACACCAUUUAGUGUGUAGGGAUGAUGUAGGAUGGUAUGUUUGUACGUACGCGAGAGUAGCGAAGUGGCCGGAAAAAGGGUAUAAAACCUUCAAACCAGAUGGUCUAAUUUAGGGUAGAUGUUAGUAGCGACAGGAAAUGGAAAGAGGGGUUUAAUUGAGUCUCCGUUCUCCCUUUCUUCUGCAAUGCGGAUCGAUGCGAUCUCUUGUUGCUAGUGUGUGGUUGUGUUCUUUACAGUUUAGCUUUGAGUUUAAAACGACAAAAGUUCUCGUUAGUUACCAGCAAACCAUGGCAGUGAGUGUGCUUUUGUAACUUAAAUUUCCAGACCACUGGCGACCCACAGUACCAGUUGUACAUAUAGUUCUGCGAUCGCGCAAGCGAACUGAUCCCACUAGCGUUCUGUUCUGAAGCAUUAGUAUUAUACAUUCUGUUUUUUUUUUAAACUACGCCCAUUUAUGAACUCAAAUCUUGGUAAGCGCAAAUCAAACAACGUAGAAUAUGCUGUGAAUAUAUAGUGCGUUAGCAGUUACUUUGCGGAAGUGUACCACGUCUAACGACCAACGUUAGGCUCUUUCGUUACGUUGCUUUAUGUAACGAAAUGUCUAAGGUGAAGUGCUCUAUUUGAUCGGUUCUUUUAAGAAUGGUGAAUCUCAACUAAAAUUACUCAUUUGGAAUCUCAUUUCGAGUCUUUAAAUGGGACAACCCUUUUCGGCACAGAAGAAACGAUUGUUGCAAUGCUUUUAAACCAGGACAUCUGGAAGGCUCCUGGCACUGUGCGCAUCGUCGUAUGCUUUGUUGGUUCGUUUUAGUAGCUUGGAUGAUUGGGAAACUAUUUUAUUCAAAAAACACAAAUUGUUAAAACUGAAUUCGAUCUUUAAAAGAGGUAACGAACGGUGCAGUCGUCUAAGUGGCAACGUAGUGUUAAAGAGCGUCACUGCAUGACAGGCAGACAGAUGGACAGAGGAAACAUAGACGAUGAUGAGGUGGUCAUCAAUAGUUCUGCUGUGUGAAUGUAUAUAUAUAAAACACAUAAUAAAGCUAUGCUCUAUUUUAUGUUACGAAAUCAGUACAAUAUAAAGUGGUAUAAUAAAAUAACGAAAAAGUAAAAAA